UGACAGUUGUUCAAUGCCGUAGUUCACAAUUUGGUAGUAUUUGUGUUAUGUAAAAGAUUGACAUGUGUAUUUAAUAUUUCAUUGAAUUAUUGCAUAAAUACAUUUCACCCGCAUAUAAAUAUUAUAUACACACAAGAAUGGCUGCUUUAUUGAAAAACUGUAGAACCCUCUUAAGCCGCACUUCAACAAUCGUCUUACGCGAGGCCCCCAAAACCUUAGCCGUAGCUCCACAAAGACACUUACACAUUCAACAAACCAACCACUCCACAAACUUGUAUUUAAUCAAAGGCUCUCAAUGGCAACUGGUGCGACAGUACAGUGCGGGGGCACCUUUGACACUCGAUUUAAUAAAGAAACGGGUCACAUUAGUUUUGCAACUGUAUGACAAAAUUGAUCCAGCAAAGUUGAAAUUGGAGUCACAUUUUAUCAACGACUUAGGUUUAGAUUCCUUAGAUCAUGUAGAAGUCAUUAUGGCCAUGGAGGACGAGUUUGGUUUUGAAAUCCCAGAUGGUGAUGCAGAAAAACUGACCCGACCUGCAGAUAUUGUUCGAUAUGUAGCAGAUAGAGAAGAUGUUUAUGAAUAAACUAAAUAAAUGGUUGCUUUGUAAAACAUUUUAGAAUAAUAAUUUCAAUAUCUGCACAAAAAUUAUGUGCAGUUUGAUUAUGUCUGAACCUUGUACAUUAUAUAUAUUAUUA